CAGUGGCUCCCUCUGACAUCCCUCUUCUCAAAUCGUGAAGUCGGUGAUAGGUGUGUGAGGACUUUAUCCGAAGCACAACACCGAAAACUGUAUAUUUUAAGUUUAAUACCCAAUUGAAAAAACACAAAAAAAUCUGAAAAACUUAAAAACUACAAAAAAAUCGUGGAACGGUAGGUUUUUGUUGUAAGAAUAUUCCGUUUUCAGCACAUUUGAGAUCAGCAACAGUUGGUGGACGCCAUUUUACUCACUGAAACAUCGUCAGAAGAAAAAGAAUCGAACACUUGUAGAACGUCAUAAAGAUACCAGCAAAGAUGGCAAUGAAUCCAGCAGGUCCCAGUUACCCUAUGGCGUCCCUGUAUGUGGGCGAUCUUCAGGCAGACAUUACCGAAGCUAUGUUAUUCGAGAAAUUCUCGACGGCUGGUCCAGUGUUGAGCAUUCGUGUGUGUCGAGACAUGAUAACCAGACGAUCGCUUGGUUAUGCCUACGUCAACUUCCAACAACCAGCAGAUGCUGAGAGAGCACUUGACACAAUGAACUUUGACACCAUCAAAGGUCGACCAAUCAGAAUAAUGUGGUCCCAGAGAGAUCCCUCAUUGAGAAAAUCCGGUGUUGGAAACGUGUUCAUCAAGAACCUGGACAAGAGUAUUGACAACAAAGCUCUGUAUGACACAUUCUCCGCUUUUGGAAACAUCCUGUCUUGUAAGAUUGUGACAGACGAGAAUGGCUCCCGUGGUUAUGGAUUUGUCCAUUUUGAGACUGAGGAAGCUGCCAGAAAUGCUAUUGACAAAGUAAACGGCAUGUUGCUCAAUGGCAAGAAAGUAUUUGUAGGUAAAUUCAUGAACCGCCGUGAGCGUCUGGAGCAACUUGGUGACAAGAUGAAGCGAUUCAACAAUGUCUAUGUCAAGAACUUUGGAGACGAACUUGAUGAUGAGAAACUGCGAGACAUGUUUGAACCGUAUGGAAAAAUCAUCAGUGCAAAGGUGAUGAGUGAGGAAGGACCCAACAUGAAGCCAAGGGGAUUCGGUUUUGUCAGUUAUGAAGAUCCUGAGUCUGCAGAGAAGGCUGUUGAUGAACUGAAUGGCUUGGACAUCAAUGGUAAGACAUUGUAUGCUGGUCGUGCUCAGAAAAAGGCAGAAAGGCAGGCUGAACUCAAGGACAAAUUUGAGAAAAUCCGUAUGGAGAGAAUCAACAGAUACCAGGGUGUCAACCUCUAUGUUAAGAACUUGGAUGACAACAUUGAUGAUGAGCGUCUUCGUAAGGAGUUCUCACAAUUCGGUACCAUUACAAGUGCCAGGGUGAUGUCAGAGCAAGGUCGCACCAAGGGGUUCGGAUUUGUGUGCUUCAGUUCACCAGAGGAGGCCACCAAGGCUGUCACAGAAAUGAAUGGCCGUAUUGUGGUAGCCAAGCCCCUGUAUGUGGCUCUUGCCCAGCGCAAGGAGGACAGGAAGGCCCAUCUAGCGUCCCAGUACAUGCAGCGUAUUGCAAGCAUGAGGAUGCAGGGCCAGCAGAUGGGACAGAUUGGCCAGAUGAAUCAGAUGUUCCAGCCCGGUGGAAAUGCCGGCUACUUUGUACCACAAAUGCCACAGACCCAGAGGAGCUUCUUUGCACCACAGCAGAUGCCACAGAUGCGUGCAAGUCCAAGGUGGCAGACUGUCCGUCAACCAAACCCAACUGGAGGCUUCCAGACAAUGCCAGCUGGGCCACAGAUGCGUCAAUCACGACCAACAGGCCCAGCAGCGGUACGCAAUAGUCUGAAUGCUCGUCCAAUCACGGGCCAGACAGGCGCACCACAACCCAGGAUGGCCAUGAACCAACAGCCCAUGCCAGGUCGUGCCCCACCAAAUGUGGGGGCACCAAGCGUCCAGCCACAGGCUAACAGAAGUGCUUACAAGUUCACUACACAGAUGCGCAACCCACCCCAGGCAGUCCAGCCCAACCAGCCCAUGCAACAGCAGCCCCAGCAGGCCGUGCUCGUCCAGGGCCAGGAACCUUUGACAGCAUCCAUGUUGGCAGCAGCCCCACCCCAGGAGCAGAAACAGAUGCUGGGAGAACGUCUGUUCCCCCUUAUCCAGAGAAUGUACCCCGACUUGGCUGGCAAGAUCACAGGAAUGUUGCUGGAAAUAGACAACUCCGAAUUGCUUCACAUGCUGGAGUCCCAUGAAUCCCUCGAGGCUAAGGUGAAGGAAGCUGUUGCUGUACUGCAGGCUCACCAGGCCAAGGAGACAACUGGUGGCAAACCUGGCUCUGACUAGGGCACAGUGCCCGUCCACCACUCCCCUUCCUCACCACAGCCAGCCUACUAACCAGCGGUCAACCAUUACAUCUACCUAGGAUCUAUCAAAAGUUUACUUCAUUGAAACCUAUAUCAUGGAUUCCAGUCGCCCGGCAUUGCUGCAUGUGUCGAUCAGUCGAGCCUGUUUGACUGACAUCCUGUGUCGAAAUUCCGCUUUCAUUCUGUUUAAGUGAUCAACACGAACAUUUGCAUGACAGAUAUUUUGUUGGAAUUUGUCUGUUUUGACAUAAAAUUUGUUAUGUUAUCAUGGAUUACUUAUCAAAACUGUUCACAUGCCUCUGGUACAGGCUUAUUUGUACAUAUCAUUCAAGCAUUGCAUUUACAUCUUUCAAUGCUUGACGUGUAGCCUGUUUUUAAGAAAUCUACAAAAAGAUGGAUAAUUUAAAGUGACUUCUGCUGAUAUAUUUUAAUGUUUUGUUUCAUGUUGAUUAUUAUGUACAAGUCUGGGCUAUUCUGAUGCUGUCCAGUAAAGGAAGACCUCUUUUCUCUGUAAAAACCACUUGGCUGUAUCAAAUAUGUCAUCCACCAUUCUACUGUGACAGAAGACAAACUUGUCCAGCAAAGCCAUUGCUAAGUGAACCAUUGUAUAAUUUUGUGAAAAUGUUUGUAGAUAUUUGUGGCUAGGUGAUUUGGUUUAAUACUGUAGGUGUACAAAUGUUGAUGAAGGUGGAGGGGUGACUCACGAUUUGUUAUAUCUUGAAGCGGUUGAGGUGUUGGGGUUGGUAUCGGUUUUGGCCAUCUUUAAACUAACCAAAUACCAAAUAAUCCAUCUCCAACACAACUGACAAGCUUCUAACAGAAAGAAAAAAACUUGAAAAAAAUCGCAAAAACUUGUAAAAAAUUCACAUAAAGAAAAUGGAUUAUUAACUUUAUCUUAUAAUAUUUUUUUUAAAGAAAACCUAAAAAAAAAAAGCAAUAUAUAUAUAGCAUAUAUGUAUGAAAAAAUGAACAAAAAAAUUGAAAAACAUGUGAUAAAAACCUAUAUCCAUAAACAUGUUGUAACCCUUGUUAUUUUAGAGCUAGCUUGACAUGAUGAAGAAGCACAAACACCUGUUACAAACUGACGAAAACUUAGAGAAGAGGGAACGUAUUUUAUGAGUAUGAGGGAUUUAGUUAAUAAUCCUUUUUAUACUGUUUUUUUUUUCAGAAAUUUUUAGUUCAAAUAAAACUUCCGUUUCAUUAA